AUGGUUCCCUUCGCCAAUCCAUCACUCAAUUCCGUCGCCCACGGCGCGACUUUUGGGCAUCCACUCCUUUCAGCGUUUUCUAUUUCUCGUCCAUUGCGCCCGCCCGGCUCUGUGUUCUCCGUUCCACCUUUCUUGUCCGGGGCUCCGUCUUUUACAAGGAGCCCACGCCCCGUCCUCCAGCAGCAAACACCAGCACGCGCGAUCGAUCACUCUCGACGCCAUGGGCGGACACACGCGAAGCAAUGGCGGACGCACCCACCUAUUCCUUGUCCUCAGGCCACUGACAGCGCGCGCGUGUCGCAACACGACCUAGACAAGAGAGCGCUCCCGCCGUGGCGAUACCGACUUCGACAGCAGGCGCUGCCGCUGAUCCGAUGGGAGACGCCGUACCUCGCGUGGAUGCAAAAGAGGCUGCGCACGCCGGCGCUCGAUAGCUACUUUGCCAUUACCGCCAACCUGGGCACCCAUACCUUCUUCAUGGUCUUUCUUCCCAUGUGCUUUUGGUGCGGCCAGGCCUGGUUCGGGAAAGGGCUCGUGCAUAUUCUCGCCCUUGGCGUCUUCUGGACCGGCUUCAUCAAGGACUUUUACUCGCUGCCCCGACCGCUCUCACCGCCGCUGCACCGCAUCACCAUGUCCGGCUCCGCGGCGCUCGAAUACGGCUUUCCCUCGACGCACAGUGCCAAUGCCGUUUCCGUCGCCGUCUACGGCCUCUUGCUCCUGAAAAGCCCCGAGAAUACGCUGCCGCCCGCCAUGAAGCUGUUCCUAGAGUGCCUGUCGUACUUUUACGCCGUGUCCAUUGUCUUUGGGCGGCUGUACUGCGGUAUGCAUGGUUUCCUCGACGUCUUUGUGGGCUCCGUGACGGGCGUCGCCAUUGGCAUGCUCGAAUUUUGCUACGGUCCGGCGUUUGACGCGUACAUGCACUCGAGCUCUUGGGUGGCACCCGCGAUGGCCUGCUUGGUCAUUGUUGUGCUUGUGCGCAUUCAUCCGGAGCCCGCCGAUGAUUGUCCGUGCUUUGACGACAGCGUUGCGUUUGCGGGCGUCGUGAUUGGCCUCGAGUUUGGAUCGUGGACCUAUGGCAAGAUUCCGUGGGACCCUUGGGUGUCCCACGCGUACGCUGGCAACGGCACCGUCGACGUCACUCCGCUCGGCUGGGGUCUGAAUAUUGUUCGCAUCAUCUUUGGCGUCCUCAUCGUAUUUGCCUGGCGCGAGACGAUGAAGCCGCUCCUUCUCAAGAGCCUGCCGCAUCUGUUCCGCCUCAUCGAGUCCUCCGGCUUCACCCUGCCCCGUCGCUUCUUCACCCCCGCCAGCGAGUAUAAGUCGGUACCGCCCGGUUCCCGCAUCGACACCCUAUUCCCGUCCCCAUCCGACUUUCCGCGCAUGGUGGCGGGUAUCCGCCACCCGACGACGCGCGGUCGCUCUGUGUCCAUUGGCCCGCAGAGCGCCGCGGACGCGUACGAGACACUGGCCUACCGCGAGCGCCAGCGGCGCGAGAGCGUCAGCAGCAACCACAGCAUUGGCAAGUCGGACGAUUACUCUGGCAAGGCGCUGUCGUCGGGCGCACAAAAAUCCGCUUCUACAGAGUACGAAAAGAUGAUUGCUGGGAAUGAGGCUGCAAUGACCCUAGGUGACGAACCCACGGAGCAGCAGAGCCGAGCUGUUGAUGAGAAGGAAGUGUUUGCGCUUCUUGUCAAGCCGCGUGAAUUGCAUGGUUUGCAGUUGCAUUAA